AUGUAUCCUUCGCCAAAUGCCUGUUUAAAACGUGUCUGCUCAGCUGAUUGGGUUGCACAAAAGCAAGCAAUAUCGCAAGCUGCAACGGCGCACCGACCUGCUUUUCUUCUGCUUAUCUGCAUGUCAAAACAAGCAUUUGAUGCCGUCAACGGUGUGCUACUCAUUCAAUGUGAUGAUGAUAAUGGCACUGCUGACGGUGAUAGCAAUAUUGGUGAUGUAAAUUAUGUGAGUGGUGAAGCCCCACACUUAUUACGUGUAAAUUUUAUAUCCCAUCCGCACUGCGUCCAUUCGCCGCUGCUGUUGCUUCCGGGACCGUUCGCAAGCGAGGGAUUGUAA